AUGGAACCAAUCACUCUGUUUAAUCACUUCGAUGAAUUGUUUAAAGUACUCUUCUUUCAGAAUGAUAACGAAGCCGGAUCUAAAGCUUUCGUUGAUAACUUUGCAAAAGACUUCACAGCAAGCAUCAACAGUCAGCAUCUAGACUAUAAUGCAUUCCAGAAGGCUUGCGCCAUAGCUCGUGAAGAUUGGACCAUGUCAUUACAAAGCCAUGAAGCCCUUGUCACUUCUUUUGAUGCACAGGGUGAAAACUAUCCACACGACAAAGGCCCAAAUGCUGUGGCUACAAAGUCAUUCUGGACUUUUGAGGAAAAGGCUACUGGGAAGAAGACGCGUCGCGAAACAGUCAUUAUUAUCAUUACUAGAUUAGAGGAGGAUAGGGUACGGAGAGUCACGCAAUGGACGGAAGUUACGCGGGAUCUGGAAUAG